CCCCAUCAAUGUGAACAUUUCUAUGUUCACAUUAAUUCAGUCCAAAGAAUCUCGGAAUGUUCUUAGGAUAAGGUUUAGCUUAUGUAGCACAGCUUUGGCAAUGGUGUUGGAUCACUUUUGUGUUCUGGGAGAAAAAUAAAUUGGUGAUUUAGUUCUGCUUACAUUAUCCUAGUUAUGCAGUCUGAAAAUAUAACAUUGCAUUUACUGUUGGAAGUAAAAACAGGUACAGGUUACAACGCUUCUGAGUGUUUAUAAAAAAAACAGCCUUGGCCCCUGUUCUGUGAACAUGUGUACCAAAUUUAGUGAAAAACUCAGGCAUUCUUUAGACACUGUUGUCAAGAGUGAAACAGAUGGACCACCCAAAAACAUACAGUCCGCCUGUCACUUGCUGUCUGCCUAAAGUCACACAGACAUGUAAGGACCCAUUUCAAGACAGUUGAUGCCCCGUUUGAUGGCACAAUGAAGGAAAAAAGGAGAUAGAAAACAAAUUCCAGAAUUUCCAAUACGUAUAAAAACAAACGUCCAAAGGAUUUAACCUCAUAAUUGCUCCUAAUUACCUUGUUUUUUAUUUAACUGCUUAAUAAACAGGCAUCCAUGAACCAUGUGCAAUGAUUGAAUGUUUUGGAUAACUUGUUUUCAUAUACAAAACUAAAUUCAAAUUGCUGCUCUCUGAUUUUGGCCAGCGUAAACCACCAGAUUCAGAUCAUAUUCUUCAAAGUCUCUGUGUGACUGUGUUUACUGUGGUCUGAGAGAAGCAGCUGACAGAAACACUGAGCAGGAACAGAUAACCUGCUGAAUGAGAUCACUGUUUUCCAUGUACUUUUUCUGUUUUUGCCUUAAUGCGUAUUAUAAUACAUUGGUUAGCUAUAACAGCCUACAGUAUUACACGUGCUAAUUGGUGAUCUGUCUGGUUGGAUCCCGUUGGACCUUCUGACAAAAAGCUGUCUGUCAGUUGAAGUCUAAAAUGGCAGAUAAUCUGACUGCGCCUGUGGAUUAUCAGCAGUCACUCAGUCAGUCAAAAGGGCAACCAGUGUGUUGCAGCAGCAUGUGUUCGUGUAGGAAUGUGCCUGAGGCUGUUGAAAAACACAUCUCUGAGUGUGUGCGUUUGACACAAAAAUGAAUGAUUACGUGUCAGUUUGUGUGUGUGUUUGUGUGUGAGGGGAGCAGACUUACAGUACCUAGUUAGUUUUUUUUAUCUGCAACUGUAUAUUGUCAAGAUACACAAACAAGUCAUAGAUUUGAACCCGAAGUUGCUUUUUGCCUUGAACCACAUUUUUAUAACACAUACAUAGAGACAAGAAUCUAUAAAAGUCUCUCAAGGAUCCAACACCUGUGAUUGUGAAGUUUGUGGCAGCAGACUCAUGUCUCUCUUCGAAGAGUUCUGGCAUCUGAUUUAUUUUGACAGAUGUUGGGAAAUAUUGCCAGGGUUCACUGCAGAUUCUACUCGAUGAUUCUUGUCUUUAAGUAGGAUUACAGCUCAGAGGAAAAUAAAGUAUUUUGUUGGUCUGACCAAAACAGACAUGUAAACAGUCUGAAAAAAACUUCGUAAACUGCUUAAAGUUUAGGACUUAAAUCUCAAAAUGGAAAGGGUUACCUUUUUUGGCAGAUUCAGAACAAAGUUAAUCUUGUCUCUAUGUAGAUUUACCAAGAGUUAAUAGAAAAAUCAAUGAUUACAAAGGAAAACAUUCAUCUUAUCUGAAAACAUUUCAAAAUACACAGAAAGUGUUAAAAUUCAAUAUUUGCCUAAGCUAACGUGUAGAAAACAAACUGGUAAUUGGAGAUAACAGUUUAGCCAGAGCUCGACUUUAAUGCAUGGAUAUUUACUGUGUUUCUCCACUUAGUAAUUCAAUAUUUUUACCUGGUGCUGUUCCUGUUCGUUUGCAGGGUCUUUGACGACCUUUGUCUUUCUCUCUUACAGGGCUGUCUGGAGCUGUAACCGGGUUAUCAGCCUGAACUCCAGCUGCACGAGUUGUUUACUGAUGACCUAAGGUGCUAAUUGGAUGCUGUGUGUGACGAAAAGUCCCAGUCCACAAAAAUGACUCAGUCAAUGCAAGUUAAUCCAAAACUGCCUGAGUUGCGCUCCCCAUUCAUUUACUCCAACCAGGAAGAGCCUGAUCAGCCAGGUUCUUAUUCUGUUCAAACACCCUAUGGUUUUCAGCUGGAUCUGGACUUUCUCAAGUAUGUAGAGGAAAUAGAGAGUGGACACAAUCUCCGUCGAGGACAUAUCAACUCUCGUCGACUGGGUAGAGGACUUAAACUCUCCCAGAGAAGUAACAGCGUGGGAGGGCGUACUAGUGGCUGGACGUCCACAGAGUCUCUUUCAUCGACAGUCAGUGAAGAUGGGAAAAUACCUCCACCUCCACCACCUCGUAAUCGCCUUGGCUCAGCACCAUGCGAGGGCCUCGCUCUUUCUCCUGUAACCCUCCUUACUGUUCCUCCACUGUCUGCUGGAGCUAAAGUCCCACCCCCUCCUCCACAGCGCAAUCCCAGGGUUGAACGAACUCUACUGGAAACCAGCCGGCGUCUACAACAGGAACAAACCAACCUGCAUCAGAAUGGUGGAAGAUUCCAGCUUGCAGAUCCUCCAAAACAGCUCUUAUCCUCACCAUCCCCUCAGCUCCUACACAGUAGCUGGUCUAAACCCAGUCCUCAGACCUCUGGGCACAGUACACCAGCUGCAGGGUCAGCAGUGACUCCGAUCCCUCCCAGCCAACUGCAGACAGUAAGGGAGCAGAUGGCUACAGCUCUAAAGCAGCUGAAAGAGAUGGAAGAAAGAGUUAAAGGUGUUCCUGCACUAGAAAAAGAGGUGGCCAACCUGCGUGAAGAGAAGGACAUGCUCCUCUUGGCUCUGCAGGAGAAGAAGCUAGCUAUAGAGGAGGCCAAGCAGAGGCAAAAGUCUACAGAGUCCUUUACCCAAACAACAGAGAUCCUUCACACCCAAAGUGUUCACCAGGUCCACAGUCAUUCUCCAACCUCAUCAGCUCUCAAAGCCAUUAUAAAAACUGGUGAAUUGAAAAAGAUAGCUGAAAAAUUUGAGGCAAAGGAUAAGAGAACUACAGAGCCUUCGACAGCUGUAGUUAAAGCUCCAGAGCAGGUAUUAGCUGUCAAGAAAAAAUCAAUAGCCUCUGGGGAAGACACGCCAAUGGACUCCAUAGUUUGCUACCCCAGCCUGGGUAGAAGAGAUGUUUCUGUAGAAAGCAAGGUGAAUGUUUGUGAGAAAUGUACUGGAACAGAGUUCCCGUUGGGUCAUGAGAAAGGGAUCCAGGCCAUAGUUCAGACAAAGGAGGCUGAGGUUUGGGUCAUGGAGUCACUACUUGGACUGACCACUGAAGCACAGCGCGAAAUUGACACCUUACAAGACACCAUUAAAUUCCAAAAGGAUACAAUUGUUUCUUUAAACGAUCAACUGAGUUCAGUCAAUAAAGACCUAGAAGUCAUUAGAGGUCAUUUAAAAGAGAAAACCUCCAAAGUUACAUUUGAGAAAGGGGUUCUUGCAAAAACAGACACGAAGAAUGCUGAGGUAGGGACAGUGCCUUUUGUUGUAAAGCAUGUUGCAGUUUUAUGCCGCCAAGAAAUGACAGACGCAUGUGUAGGUGAUGUUUCUAUGGUAAAUAAAAGAGAAGAGGAAACCCAGACAGAAGAGUCAAUGAAACCAGCUACCAAUGCACUGGUCAGCACUGGGUGUCAAUGGGAGAACUUGUUUGAGGAAAACAUUGAAGAGCAGAAGAUUGCAGUGCCAAAGAGGAGACAGUUGACCAUCAGUGACUACAAAGUUUGUCCAGAAGAAGAGGUGGUUAGCAUGGCCAACGACGAAGAUGAGGACCCGGAAGAAAAGAGUGCAGCCAGCAACUCCAACACAGGAAUGUUAAAAUCAAUUAUGAAAAGAAAAGAUGGAAGUAACUCCGGAGAAAGUCGCACAACUGGCAAGAAGAGCCUACAGUUUGUUGGGAUUCUAAAUGGAGGGUAUGAGUCAACUUCCAGUGAGGAUGAGGAAGAAGAAGAUGGUGACGAUGAUGAAGAGGAAAAUCACAGUUCCUCUGGAGAGAGUGGAGAAGGUGAAUGCUUGGACAGCACAGAAGAUGAGGCAGCACUUGAGGAAGAAACAUCUGACGAGGAGAGAAACGUCAAUCUAGACGAAAGUGACACAGAUGAGGAAACUCUUAGAGCUGCGAGUUGUUCAUCGGAUAUUGUGAAAGAGAAGUUUGAGCUGAGUUCAAAGAUGUGUGAAGCCUGCCUAAUACUGAAGAAUCACCUAAACGAUGACAGCAAAGCACUUAAGAGUAAAGAAGUGCUUUCCAGCACACACACUGUGCAGCUAGAGUGGUUCAGAAUUUCCAGUGCUAAGAUGGCCCAAACUUCACGUGUCUCCGACUAUCUCAUGGCGUUCUCAGAGGUGUCGUUAUCGCUGUUGGAACAUGUAGUCAACAUGACGGAUGGCAAUGGAAACACUGCUCUUCACUACAGUGUUUCACACUCCAACUUUGGUGUGGUUGGGCUGCUGCUGGACACAGGGGUGUGUCAUGUGGACCAGCAGAACAAGGCAGGCUAUACAGCCAUUAUGCUGGCUGCUCUCUCUACUGUGAAGGAAGAAGACGACAUGGCAGUUGUCAAAAAACUCUUCAGUAAGGGCAACGUCAACGCCAAAGCCAGCCAGGCUGGUCAAACAGCACUGAUGCUAGCUGUGAGCCACGGUCGUCAGGAGAUGGUCAGGGCACUGCUGGAAUGUGGUGCAGAUGUGAAUGUGCAGGACGAUGAAGGCUCCACAGCACUGAUGUGUGCGAGCGAACACGGCCGGGCCGAGAUCGUCAAACUGCUCCUGGAACAGGAUGGCUGUGAUAUAUCAAUUGUGGAUAAUGACGGCAGCAAUGCUUUGUCCAUUGCACUGGAGGCAUCUCACAAUGACACAGCUGUGCUGCUCUACGCCCAUAUGAACUAUGCCAAGUCUCAGUCUGCUCUGGGAAGUCCAAAGGCCCAGCCUCGGAGUCCUACCAGCUCCAACAAGUCCUGGCCUGCAUAUUAACCUGAUCCUAGCUGCUCACUGAGAUCAAGACUGCAGCAUUCAUAACUGGAUAUGAGCUCAAAGGAACUCCACUGGAAUUUACUUAGCUAUAUAUAUUUCUAUUUAUGUAUUGCCACAUGUCCUGCAAUUAUAAGUAUUGUUAAUAUAAAAUAUUAUUUUUUCCAUUAAGAGUUAUGAAUGAUACAUGUACGUGACUAAUAUGAGCUUCUAGUAUUUUCAAACUAGUAAUGGUCUUAACAUGGUUUCUUCUUUUGUUUUGCACUUCAAUAGUAAUAUUUUGUUUUUGGCAACACAUGUGGAGGUAUAUUUUGAUGCACAGCAACAACUGUUACAGAAAUAUUGCCCUCUAAGCCCAACCAAAAAGUACAAAAAUUUAACAAAAGGCUACUUCUCUAAUAUUUCUGUAAAUGUAAAUUACUGAUCUGUGAAUAUCUUCAUAACUUGCACUAACAGUCCAUGCAAUGUUUGUUAUUAUACAGUAUAUACAUAAUAAAUAAACAUUUACAUAACAGUU